CCAAUGGGCUCGCGGAGGAGGCGUCGGGCUGGGGGCUCAGCGCAAGGAGGCGUCAAUCAGGCAGCCGCGGGGCUGGAGGGAGCUCGUCCUGGUACCGCCUCUGUCUUUGGGAGAAAGAGGGAGAGAGAGAGAGAGAGAGAGAGAGAGAGGGAGGGAGAGGAGAGGAGAGGGCAGGAGAGGAGAGGACAGGAGAGGAGAAGCCCGGCGGGGAGACUGGGCCAGGGGCCGGGACACAUGGAUUAACCCGGCGCCCUCUCGGGCCGGUGUCCGCCCAGCCGCACCAUGGGCAAACUUCACUCCAAACACGCUGCCGUGUGUAAGCGCAGGGAGAGCCCCGAAGGUGACAGCUUCGCAGUGAACGCCUCCUGGGCUAGGAAGGGGAUCGAAGACUGGAUCGGGAAGCAACGCUACCCCAGCAGUGGCCCAGGAUCCCGGCAGCCCCGGGUGGUGGGCGGCUUCUCCAGCGGCACCCGGAGGUGGACAUCUGCCAGAGCACAGGAGCAGCUGCAUCUUGAGGAUGGUGUUGUGGAAAGAAUGCCAGACCUAGGAGACACUUGGAUUCAGAGCUUGGCAGUCACUUUAAUAAAGGAUCCGGCUGGUGAAGUUUACCGAGAAACAAUCAGCGAGGAACAUUUUCGUCUAGAAGUGUCUUUGCCUCCGGAGAAGACAGAUGGGCCAGGGAGUGGAGAUGAAAAGAAGGCCGAGAAAGACAGUGAAUCUUGCCCCAGCUCCAAGAAACAGCUGAAAUUUGAAGAAUUACAGUGUGAUGUUUCCGUAGAGGAAGAUAACCGGCAAGAAUGGACCUUCACACUAUAUGACUUUGAUAAUAACGGCAAAGUCACUCGAGAGGAUAUUACUAGCUUGCUCCACACUAUCUAUGAGGUAGUCGAUUCCUCAGUCAACCAUUCCCCUACAUCCAGCAAAACUCUUCGGGUGAAACUCACAGUGGCCCCAGAUGGGAGUCAAAAGAGGAAAAGUAUUUUGCUCAAUCACACCGACCUACCGAGUUUGAGGCGCAGAACAGAGAGCAAGGCCAAUGAAGAGCUGAGGAACUUGGAGAAGAAGCAACGUGCUCCCCUCAGGUACCAUGGAGAUGCCCACUUGGAGCAAUCUGGGCGUUAUCACCAUUGUGUUGAUGAGAACAUCGAAAGAAGAAACCACUAUUUAGAUCUCGCAGGGAUAGAAAACUACACAUCUAAGUUUGGACCAGGCUCUCCUUCACAGAAGCCUGAACUGUCCACAAGAGUCCCCAUCCAGACUAGAUCUCGCUCCCACGAACCUGAAACCAUUCAUGUGCACCACAGGAAGUCCCAGGGGGCAGAACCUGGCCCCUUUCACUUCAUGGACAUUCCAUAUGCCAAGAUCGCUGAAGUCCAGCAACGCCUCCGGGGUGGUCAGGAUCUGAGCAAGCACUUUGUAAAGUCCCCCAAAGCCCAGAGCAAAAAUAUGGGGUCGGCCCACCUGGGGAGGGGAGCAAGAAGCAAAUCGAUCCUGGGACCUGCCAUCCCCUUGGCUUCCCCAACGACCCGCCCUGUCCCACCCUACCUCCUUGGCCCAGCCCCACCAAUGCACAAGAAACACAAGCAGAGAGCCAAGGAAAGUCAGCAGAUGUGCAAAAGCCUCCAGCCCCCUGGGAGCACAGUGGUGGAGAAGGAACAUGUUCGAGACCUGCCCGCAGUCGUAUUAUAUGAGGGCCAGGCGGGGCAAAUGGUCCAGAGACAUGAACACCACCAUCACCACGAACAUCACCACCAUUACCACCACUUCUAUCAGACAUAGAGCAUCCCGCCCCUACCCUCACACUAAAGAACCCCCCAACCCCAUCACAAUAUGAAGGAACCCCUCUCCCAAGAUGUCCAACUCCCAGGCAUUAUCAUUCUUAUUCAUAAUUAUUCUUAUUGUUGUUGUUACUUCACUAAUAUUCAAUUAGUCUCCAUUUUAGAAAUUAUAUGGAAACACAGACACUUACCUUAAUUUAUAUAUUGUGGAAACUGCAUAGCUUACUUAAUUAACAACUUGUGAAUUUUUGUAGCGGCUUGUGAGGAUUGCGGAGGCAGUCCCUGGCUUUCAGAACUGGGCUCUCCCUGCAGAUGGUCAUCAAUACACUUCUGGGACCAGCACAGGGAUGGAGGGGGUGGAGGGCCAUUGCCACGAUCCAAUGGUUCCUUGCCCUCCACCUCCCCUCCUGUAUUCCAGCCUUUCCUGGGGAAACAUUACUGCCUGGUCCUGCUUCCAGAGACCUUUAGAAUUGCUGAGACAACAAACUGUUGCUACCUCUUAGUAUUACUUAGAUUUUAUUUGUCCCUUAAUUGAUUGUAAUGUGCUGUGGGGGGAUUUUGAUGGACUCCGGGUACAUGGCCUAUUUGGUGUCAUGUUUUCCUAUCCCUGGGAAUGUUAGCUGUAUUUGUCAAUGGAGUUACCCUUAACACCAAUCUACUCAUCUGAAUCCCAGAUUCUUUUCUGAAGGCAGUCUUGACUGUUCUAUGAUGGAAAAAUCAGGAAACACCCUUCUCUCCUCUCCUCUUUGCUCUUAAGGGAAGUACAUGUACACACAUGUAGCUAAAGUCUGUCUCUGAAACCACACUUGUCUUGGAAAACCACUGGAAAAGGGAGUGACCACAGGAACACGAGCGCAGGGUUGUUUUUUUUUUUUUUAAGUCCGGCCUUCAACAAAAUUGGGGCUGUUCCCAACUGUUGUGCGUUGGCUUUUCCUUCUGAAAUUGUUGUUGUGACUGAGAAUGUUAAAAAACCCUUUCCCCUUAUAGUGCUGGCAAAUAUAUUGUACAUACCUACCUAAUUAUAUAAAUAUAGCUAUUUAUAGAGACAGAUGCUAGUUUGUCUCUAUAUAUAUUUAUAUAAAUAUACACACUCAGGUACAUUUUCUUGUGUUGUAGAAAUCUGUGAUUUGCUUCUCUGAAAUAUAAUUAUUGUCCCAGGAGAUGGGUUUUCAUGUAUAAGUGGCUGUGGUUGGGGAUGUGAUUUAAUUUUACCCCCUGGUGGGGUCUGCCUCUGUUCCUGUUCUUUAAAGCAAAUGAGGAGGUUCCUCCUCCUUCCAAGCAUACCAUGCUUUUCUCCUCUCCUGGUUUCUCUCUUUAAGAGGGUUGGGAUCAAGCAGAUCUGAAGGAGAGAUAUGCUAGGGAAAUAGGGUCAGAGAGCAUUGGUAGCAUUGGGCAGAGUUGAAUGUUGGUCCUGGGUGGCCAAUCCAGAGGAAGGAUUGCAGUCUGGCUGCUUAGUAAGGGCUGGGACCUGGGCAGAAAGAAAGAGAAAAGGGACACACUGAACCUUUCGUGUGUGUGUGUAUUUGUGAGUUUCACCUCCUACCUUUUCCUAUUCUCUCCAGUGAGAGUCCUUUAGGCUUCAGGUUGUCAUGGAGUGGGGGAGGGGUCUGUGGAAUAUUUUAGAGGAUGCUGGGGUCAGUUUUGGCAUGCUUUUUUUUUUUUGUAGUGGGUUCCCAGCAUCGUACAGCUAUGAGAAUGGAAUAUGGAUGUGUGACUCUCCUGGGCUCCUGGAGAACAGGAAUGGUUUUCCAAAGGAACAUUUUCAGAGACUUGUCAGUGAACACUUCCUCUUUCCAUCCCCUCCUUUCCCCCCCCCCAUCUUAGAGGAGGCACCUGAACCUUUUCCUCAUCUGCUCAUUUGGAUCAGAAUGGUAGCUUUGGGCACUAACCAGGGAGAACUCCAAAAUUGUACCAUCAUACAGCCUUCCUUGUCCCUAGUCCUGAAUCUGCAUGUCUGUCAGCAUCUUCAUUGUCCCUCUGUAAUUGGAGUUUCUUUAAAA